GUCCUGCGUUUGUUGACACGUGAUGUUUUCCUCACACUAUCACUUAUAAACAACAUGAUGUAAGAUAUUAGCUAGGCAGCCUCACAUGCAACGACUUUCCGUCUGAAGGCAGACACUGCGACAAACAGAAUAAUCUGAAAUGGAAGAAAUUUGUUAUAAAACCGUUGGCAUGACGUGUGAUGACAUUUGUAAGAAUUACCUCAUGGACAGAUGUGAAGAGCUUUGUCAGUUCACCGUUAUGGGUGGAGGAGCUCUUGCGUUUGUGGCCCUGUUGCCUGUAAUUCUGGCCUUCAUAGGUUUCACUUCAGGUGGAAUUGCAGCAGGCUCCAUUGCUGCCAAAAUGAUGUCUUAUUUUGCCAUUAUUUAUGGAGGAGGAGUGCCAGCAGGAGGUCUGGUGGCAUUCUUGCAGUCACUUGGUGCCGCUGGGUUCUCCACUGGAGCUGCAGCUGGCACUGGAGCAACAGCAGGAUGGCUGUUAUCAGCUAUUUGUAACCAAACUGGAACCCAUUAAAGAUUUACAGCUUGGACAUGCAACAGAUUUACUCCUAACCUAAUAAGGCCAAACAAACAAAUGAACAAAUUAUGUUUUUUUCUGUACUGUGAUAAAUCUGAUAACUAAAUAAAAUCUUGUUUUGUGUGUAUGCCACACACUCAUCUUAAAGUAUAAACAACAAAAUAAACAUGAAAUGAAUGUCAAUCUUGUCAUGAAGUAUUACAUUGAGCCAAAAGGUUGUUUUAUAAAUGUGGAAGAAUUUUUCAUUUAUAGCUCUGAUGAAUCUUUGUUCUGACAUUUAACUGAAUCUAAAGGCAAUGAAGAUGAUACUGCUGUGCUCUUUGAAUAUGUUUAUCUUAUUAUACUGUCAAAUUCAAAACCAAAAUAAAAUGCAUGCAAAAUAAAGCAAA